GCCCCGGGUCCGGUUGGGUCUCGGGGAGAGCGGCGGCCCCCCCGCCCCGCCAUGAGCUCGGCCCGGAGGAAGGGCUUUAUCCGGCAAGAAGUGAACAAGACGGCCUGGGAACUGCCCAAGGCCUACGGGCCCCUGACCCCCGUGGGCAGCGGCGCCUACGGCUCCGUCUGCUCAGCUAUCAAUUCGAAGACCGGAGAGAAGGUGGCCAUCAAGAAACUGAGCCGACCGUUCCAGUCGGAGGUCUUCGCCAAGAGGGCCUACCGGGAGCUGCUGCUGCUGAAGCACAUGCAGCAUGAGAAUGUGAUCGGACUGCUGGAUGUCUUCACCUCAGCCACUUCGCUACACAACUUUCAGGAUUUCUACCUGGUGAUGCCCUUCAUGCAGACCGACCUGCAGAAGAUCAUGGGGAUGGAGUUCAGUGAGGACAAGAUCCAGUACCUCGUCUACCAGAUGCUGAAAGGGCUCAAGUACAUCCACUCGGCAGGGGUCAUCCACAGGGAUCUGAAGCCGGGAAACUUGGCUGUGAAUGAGGACUGUGAACUCAAGAUCCUGGAUUUUGGGCUGGCCCGGCACGCAGACUCUGAGAUGACGGGCUACGUGGUUACCCGCUGGUACCGGGCUCCAGAGGUGAUUCUCAGCUGGAUGCACUACAACAAGACAGUGGACAUCUGGUCUGUCGGAUGUAUCAUGGCCGAGAUGAUAACGGGGAAAACGCUGUUUAAGGGAAAAGACUACCUGGACCAGCUGACCCAGAUCCUAAAAGUGACUGGGGUUCCGGGAGCUGAGUUUGUGCAGAAGCUGCAGGACAAAGCGGCCAAAUCCUACAUCCAGGCCCUGCCUCGGAGUCCCAAGAAGGAUUUCUUGCAGCUCUUCCCCCGGGCCAGCCCCCAAGCGGCCGACCUUCUGGAGAAGAUGCUGGAGCUAGAUGUGGAGAAGCGACUGACCGCCACCCAGGCUCUGGCCCACCCUUUCUUUGACCAGUUCCGGGAUCCGGAGGAGGAGACAGAGGCCCAGCACCCGUUUGAUGACUCCCUGGAGCACGAAAAGCUCACAGUGGAUGAGUGGAAGAGUCACGUCUACAAGGAGAUCACAAGCUUCAGCCCCAUUGCCCGGAACGACUCCAAGAGGCGGAGCGGCAUGAAACUGUAGCGACCAGCCCAGCCAGCUGUGGGACUUGACUGACUGCUGAGGGGACCGUGAGGAGGCCACAGGUCGCAGACGGGAUCUAGACACUGAUUGGGAUCGGUGUCUGCCAAAGCGGCCCCAGAGCAUAAAGAGCAAGGCUCCAGUGGAGGGGAACUGGGCUCCUUUCUCGAAGAGGGGACAGGUCUGGAGCGAGGAGGCUCUCUGCAAGACUCGAUGCCGUUAUCUCUGUUGGGCAGUGAAAUGGCUUCUCAUUAAAGGCCCGGGAAUCCCCCA